AUGAACACCUCAACAGCGCUGUUCAACAACUCCACAAACGCGGGGCUCCAGCUUGGCCAGAACAACGGCAGUGUUGAGUUCCACAAUCAUCACGCGUGUCUACGCGAUCUUCGGAUAAGCAAUCCUCGGGACGACAAGACCAGGAUCGAGGAGUUGAAAGGAGGAAUACUCAAGGAUUCAUACUCAUGGGUCCUACAAAACAAUGAAUUCCUGAGGUGGAGAGAUAAUGGCGGGCCCGAUCGAGAUGCCAACGACCGAAUGCUGUGGAUCCGCGCUGACCCCGGAAAAGGAAAGACCAUGCUCCUUUGUGGCAUCAUUGACGAAUUGACAAAGGACGAUGCUCGCCUGAACGAUGCAACGUCCGUCUUGCGGGGCUUGAUCUUUCUACUUGUGGAUCAGCGGCCGAGUCUGCUCUCCUAUAUCCGGCCGCGCUAUGACGUGGAAGGGAAAACGCUCUUCGAAGAUACCAAUGCUUGGUACGCUCUAUCGAAAAUGUUUCUCGAAAUGUUGGAGGACCCAGAGUUAGAGACCACGUUGUUGAUCAUCGAUGCUUUGGACGAGUGCAGCACCGGCCUGCCAUUGCUGCUUGAGCUGGUGAAACGGUCAACGGGAAAUCCUCGGGUCAAGUGGAUUGUCUCGAGUCGGAACUGGCUUGAUAUUGAGAAGCAGUUGACGGCUACAUAUUGCUCUACUUUGUCUCUCGAGCUGAACGAGAAUUCUGUCGCUGCCGCUGUGAAGACCUAUAUUCGGAUCAAGGUGGACUUCCUCACCGCGCUGAAUGGAUACGACGAGAACACCAAAGACUUCAUCCGAGAAUAUUUGACGUCAAACUCCAAUGAUACAUUUCUAUGGGUUGCCUUGGUCUGUGAGCGACUUGCCAGUACGUCGGCAUGCGAAGUGGAAAAUAUUCUUACCUCCUUUCCGGCGAGUCUCGAAGAUCUCUACAAGCGCAUGAUGCGCGAUAUUGAAAUUUCAGAAAGUAGACAGCUGUGCCGAGUGAUUCUCGCCACCGUCUGUACCGCAUACCGGCCUCUGGAAGUUGAAGAGCUACCAAUUAUCAAGCUCUGUGGCUCAUUCUUAUCUAUUCGCGAAGACACCAUUUACUUUGUCCAUCAGUCUGCGAAGGAUUUCUUGCUGACGUCCAAACUCAUAAUCCCAGCCGGUCAUGAGAUGGAACACAGUAGGAUGUUGUCUCAGUCUAUCAAGAUGAUGAACCAGACACUUCGACGUAACAUAUACAACAUUCAGAAUCCCGGGUGUCGAGUCGAGAACAUCUGUCGUCCUACACCUGACCCCUUGACACAAGCACGUUACUGUUGCACAUAUUGGAUUGAUCAUUUAUUAAAAGCAGAUCCUAGGAACACGGUGGACCUGUCUACAGAUGGCCCGAUUCAGCUCUUUCUGGAACUGAAACUAUUUUACUGGCUCGAGGCUCUUAGCAUUCUCGGGCAGUUUACUGGAGGCAUUGGAGCUAUCCUCAUACUUGAUAGCUUUCUGCAGAAAGCAAAGUGCGCGAAUAAAUUGUCAAACCUUGUGAAUGACAUUUCCCGAUACAUGCGCGAGUUCAAGGUCCCGAUUGAAACCAGCCCGCUCCAGGUCUAUAGUUCAGCACUCAUUUGGACCCCUAAUCGGAGUCUGGUCAAAGCUCUUUACCAGCACGAAACACCCACGUGGAUUACCAAUAUCCCCAUGGUCGAGGAGAAUUGGAGUCGUUGUAUUCAUACCAUCGAGGGCAACGGCGAAAGGUUUACAGAUAUCGGCUGGUCACAGGACGGUGACCGGCUGCUAUGUAUGGCAACAGACCUUACUGUGAGCAGCUGGGAUCCCGGAACUGGACAAUAUAUUUCGAGCAUCAAGCUGGAGAGACUUCCUAGCCGGCCGCGUCGCUUCGGUCUUUGGGGAUGGUUGCACCAAGAUUCGUAUUUGUGA